AUGUGCGUGCAAGAUUUGAAGAAUGCUGAAAAUGCCGGACUAUGCAAAACGACAAGCAAGGUUCGCGUUCAGAUACCUGAUGAAAUAGAACUAGCUCCCGGAAUAUAUGUCCCAGACAUACCAGCUGGAGUUUCUAACCAAAAAGCUGUGUCUUCAACUGAACAAGUGUUUGAUAAAGGACUUGAUGGGGAUGAUAUCUGUAUGGCUGCGAUGGAUGAAUUCGAAAAAAAUAUGGAUACUACCCAAGUUAGACUUCAAGCAGUAUCAGAUUUAGGAUUCAUGGAAAUUCAAUCAGCACGCAACCGUAAGGGCUCUGGAUUUUCUUUCCAAAACAUUGACGGAAUUUUAUUGGGGAUUUAUAAAUAUUCUCCAUUGUCCGGCUCUUCUUUUAUUCAACUCCCACCAUGCGUUGAUUAUAAACGGGCUACUAUUAACCCUCAAAACUCAGAUCAGCAUUGUUGCAAGUGGGUUUUAUUAGCUAAACAUGUCAUGGGAGGAAAUAAAUACAGCGUCAACAAUAGAUAUACCAGGCAUGAGGGCAAAUAUAGCUUUGAUGGUAUCUCAUUCCCAACUCCGCUGUCAGACAUAAAAAAAUUUGAAAAAAAACAAUCAAAACGUUAAAUUAACGUAUCUCUAUAAAUGUAUUCGGCAUCCAUAAAAAGUAAUGAAGAGCAGGAAAAGCAUGAUAAGACUACAACUUGUAAUUUAUGUAAAAAAGAUUUUACGUUUUUAAACGAUAAAGUAAGAGAUCACUGCCAUCUGUCGGGUCAAUUCCGCCAGAUGAUUUGUAAUAUGUGCAAUUUAUCUUUGAAGAUGCCGAAUUUUGUACCUUGUUUCUUGCACAAUCUGAGUAACUACGAUGUUCACUUCAUUGCUUCCGAGUUGGGAUACGAUGAGAAAAGUAUAACGGUGAUACCUAAUAGCGAAGAGAAAUUCAUUUCCUCUUCAAAAUAUAUCUCAACCAAAAAUUUGAUAACACCGGACUUAGAAAAAUUCAGAGAAAUUUCAAAACAUUUUUUUAAUGAAGACUUGCCACUUGUCACCCGUAAAGGAGUAUAUCCAUAUGAGUUUACUGAUGAUUAG